UUGUACGGGAUGGAGAUGUUGGUACUUGGUAGUGGAUUGGCGGGGUCGCGACCUUGAGAACAAUUGUAACCGCUGAAACAUUUCUUUCUUAUCCCGCUCGCUGGCAAUAAACCCAAAUUUCGCUAAUCGAAAAUGAAGGGAACACUGAAAACCCGGCAUGAAUCGGACAAAAUGGAGGCCGUGGCCACCGUCGCCGUCAACGCCGGCGACGUCAGGCUCCGAGCCUCCAUGACAGACGCUACUCUGGUCAACGGCCCCAGCUUAAACGGCAUAGCUCUAGCCGUCGAAAAGCCCGGCUUCUUCAUCGUCGACUACAAUGUCCCCAAAAAGGAUUUCAGGUUUCAAUUUAUGAGAACAGUGAGGGUUAGGGAUAAGCCACUGAACUUGAAUUACAUUCACUUUAAUGGCGAUAACCGGACAAUUUUGGACGGGACUUUUGUCUUCGAUCCUUCUAACAAGGUUUCAGCUAAUCACGUGCUCGGCUCCGGAAACUGCAAGUUGAAAUAUACUUAUGUGCAUAAAGGACUCACCACCUACGAGCCAAUCUACGAUUUCGCAAAGGAUACGUGGGACUUCGCAAUUUCGCGGAGAGUAUAUGGUGAUGAUGUGUUUAAGUUUCUCUGCCAAACCUCGAGCAAGAACUUGUCCCUUGAAUGGUCGAGGAAUUCAAAAUUGAAUGGAAGUUUUAAGAUUUUGGCAUCUCUUAAUUUAGCCGAUGGUGUUAAAAUGCCAAAGUUGAGUGCCGAGAGUACCUGGGACUUUGAACUCUGAUUCCUCAUUCCUGGCUAUCAUUUUUCUGCCGCGACCAUUCAAAGAAGGUUUCGAAUGGUGUGGCUCACGUUCCUGCGAGAGAUUCUUUUUAUGACAGGUCCUGCAGAGUGGCUUUCUAGUCCCCUCUUACCUUUAGUCAUAACUAUUGAUGUAUUAUGUUCUCGUUCCAAUGCUUAAAUUCCUUUCAAGUUAGAACUCUAAUUUUUUAAAUUCGACUAGUACUAAGCUUGUUACAACAAAUGUCAUAAUAAAUAUCAAUAUUACAUCUCAA